AUGAGAGUCGGAAGUUCGCGCCCAGCGCUGCUGGUACGUCUCCUGGCGGUAGCCGUGCUGGUGACUAUCGCGGGGGGAGAGAGGGGCGAUGAACACGAGGGGCACCACGACGAACACCAUGGUCCCUUUGGACUCGGAGAACACGGAGAACACGGAGAUCACGAGCACCACCACCCCGAGGGCUUCGAAGGGCAUGACGGCCACCAUGGACCAUUUGGAGAGCACGAGCACCAUGAAGGAGAGGCGGGGCACGAGGUCCACGCAGAGGAGUGCACGCAGACACAGACCCAGGCGGCGUUGAAAGCAACCGCGAACUACGUGAAGUGCGCCUUCCUUGACUACGCGGACUUCCAGGCCUUGGUGCACGCCGACGUGGCCAUUCUCGAAGAUGCGGCGGCUUGCUUCAAGACCAAGGCCGACGAGAUCGCGGAGGAGAUUCCCCCGCCGGACGACAACAUGAGCGAGGAGGAAGUGAAGGCCCUUGAGCAAGAGACCGCCGAAAAGCUCGCGACGGCGUUCCAGGAGUGCGUGAAGGAGGCCGAGGCGGGGGACGAAGAGGCAUCGCAAGCCACCGUGCAGUUCCUGGAGAAGUUGCUCGCGGAGGAGAGCACGAUCUGCGCCUGUUUGUCGCCGUUCUUGAUCAAGAUGCCGACCUGCGGGCCGUGGAUAAGGUACCACGACGUCGGAAAAAUCGUGCAAAACGUGUUGGUCGCCGAAGUAGACCUCACUCCCGAAGAAAAGGACUCUCAAGAUGACGCCAUUGUUGCGGUACUCCCUGCGGAGAACACGAAGAAGCUCGAAGAGCAGCAGCAGGAGGAGGAGGAAGGCAGCACCGCCGAGGCGGGGAUAGGGGGGGAGGAGGAGGAGGAGCACCCCGCCCACCUCCCCAACGCCUUUGGCCCUUGCCCCCCCGGACAGGAAGCACACCCUUCGGACCCGAAAGCCUGCCAGCCUUCUAUGAACUCCGAGGAGUACCAGGGAGAAGAAUUCGGCGAUGGACGAGACGGUAGGCGUGAGGGAGGCGGGAUGAUCAGCCUCGGCUUGUCGGUGAUGGGCGUGGUCGCGGUGGGCGGAGUUGUGGGCGUCGGCGGCGUUUGGGCGUGGGGAAAGUUUCAGAGCGGCACGCGGCAGCCCGGAGUCCGGUACAUGGCGACCGGCCUGGACAACAACAUCGGCACGGAGCUGGGACCAUUCGGCCGCCAGUACGCUUGAUGGUUUGAUUGGUCGAUCAGCUGCGCGGUUGUGGUCUGUUUAGUGGGCUUCGUGCGGCGACGACAAAGGACGACAGCCUUUUCUCUGGGCGACCGGCGGCGGGGAGACGUUUUGUUUUUUCGUCUUUCGCGGCUGUUUGUGCCGUGGGAUGGAAGGAUCGAUUUUCGGAGAACCCUUGCUGUAGGCGUUUUUGUAUCGGUUUCGGGUCAAUGCUGCCGUUCCGGGGCAGCCCAGCUGGUAUCCUACGGGUAAGGGCAGGGGCACGCAUACCGUGUCCUCCGCGGAGGGGGAGGUGUUUGAUGCGUGAGGUUGUCUUGCAAGGCAGUUUGAAGGUUAAGGUUUGUCGCGAGGCUGUGAACGCGCGGCUCCCCGUUCGCCGUUAGACACGCGCUUCGAUUAUAUGCAGGUAGAAUACGAAGGUUGACACUUUCUCAGAUGUCGGCCUGCACCGACCGCAACAACAGCGCAGAGAGGCUAGAAAACGAGAGAGAGUUGGACGGAGACGAUAUCAAAGACAAAGACUGGUGGUUGGCCUGUGUGCUGCGAUGUCGUCAGGCGCUUGUAGCAGCCGUCUCGUGUUCGCGGUUGUUGGUCAGAUCAACAAAGGGACCGCUGAUAUGACCGUUGAUGUUACCGUGGAUGAGACCAUUGAUACGGGAGAGGUGGGUGCAAAUCGUGUAGCUGGUGUGUGGCUUGUCUGUUUCCCUUCUUUUUUUUUUUUGCGGUCGUCGUGUAGACUUUCUGUUGGAUAAAUAACCUAUCCUUCCUGUUUGUACCUC